AUGUCGGGUGACGGUAGUGAUGGUUGGGGGGAUAUGGUUCUCCCGGGUGUGUUCAUGCUCCGACGGAGCGCCGCUUUACCGCGGAAGCUAAUUGGUCCUGUGUCGGAUGGUGAUAAAAUGGAGAUCAUUGCAUAUAAAAUCGAAGAAAUUGAAAAGUAUAUUCAAAAACUAAAGGAGAGCAACGCUAACAUCAAUGAAUUCUUGAAUGAUGAAGGACGUAAUUCAGGGACAAGACAUCAGACGUUAUCGAGCAACGAUAUUAGCACCCUAAAUGCCGAUGGUGACGACCGCGUUCUUUUGGAGGCCCUUGCCGAAAACGCGGCCCUCAUAUCGUCGAAAACGAGGGAGCUAGAGGAGUUGAAGGCAUUGUUACAAAACAAUUGUUGUGCCUGCGCUUGUCGUUCGUAUAGUUCUACCGAUGGUGGAAGCGGUGUACAAGAACCCAGUGUCACCCACUUCACCGGAGAUGAAGAAGAGAGCUCAGUUAAUGAUAUGUCGAUUGCUCGAUUCAGUCUAUGA